ACAGUUGACACCACUACGCUCAAAAGGAUAUGAGGCUGUGUCAAUGAGUUUCAUGUUUUGAGAUAUUUGAGUGUUUAGUUCUUGGAUCUUAAUGUCAUUUCAACGUAGUUAAAUUAAAGCUGCAUGAAAGAUUUCAGUGUUCAAGUUGUUUGUCUAAAAGGAAGUUCUAUUACAAUUAGAGCCUUUAAGAAACAAAACUUGUACAAGUGCUAAAAUUUCUUGAUUUGUGAAAAUAAAUUGUCUUCUUUUGCCAAAAAAAAGUGGGAAAAAAAGAUUCCUUGGUAGAAAAACAAGACAUUUGUGAUAUCACUUCUAUAAAGAACAAAAAAAAAGGAUUUUAUUCAUUGAGAUAUAACAUUGAUCUAUUGUGUGACCACCCAGUUUUCUAAUAGGGAACAUCAUCUUUUGUUUAUUUUGGCCAAACCAAUUACUAUGGAGGAACAAGCCGUAACUGACUUGAACAAAGACAAGGAUACCUCUGAUACACCUUCCACUGUCUCUUAUUCUCCCUCUAACAGUGAAUAUGAUAUCAUUGAUAGAAAAGUUGAUCCUUAUGGCUUUGAAAGGACUGCAGAAUUUGACUUUGAAUCGUAUGAGAAGUUCAUGUCAACUUAUCUGUCCACACUGUCAAGAAGAGCUUCCAGGUGGAAGUCAAGCUUCAAAAAGAUGGACAAUUUGUCCAACUCAAGAAAAUUGAAACGUUUUUGUCGCAAAGGCAUUCCUGGGGACUUGCGUCCAGAUGUUUGGAUGCAGAUAAGUAAAGCCUCCAAAAGAAUGGCUGAAGAUCCACAAAAGUACACCACACUGAGAAGCCAACGCACUGACCCUGCAGUGUCUGAAAGUAUUUUAUUAGAUAUCCACCGAACAUUUCCAGAAAAUGUUUACUUUAGUGAGCUGGCUGACCCUGGGUCAUUGAAAAAACCUUUACAAAAUGUUCUUGAAGCCAUAUCCUUGAGUAAUCCACACUUAGGGUACUGCCAGGGAAUGAACUUUAUUGCUGGUCUUUUAUUGCUGGUCAUGAAAUCUGAGGAGAAGGCUUUUUGGUUAAUGGACACUCUGAUACAGACAAUAUUACCAGACUUUUAUGCUCCAGAUAUGAUUGCUGUUAAAGCUGAACAGGAUCUACUUGGGGAACUUGUCAAGUGGAAGCUUCCAGAUUUACACAGUCACCUGGAAGGGCUAGGUGUGCAGUGGUGCCUGGUGGGGAUGAAGUGGUUCAUCUGUCUCUAUGCUGACGUUAUGCCUGUGGAUACAGUGCUGCGUGUUUGGGAUUGCUUGUUUCUGGAAGGUUCUAAAAUUCUCCUACGAGUGGCCCUGACUUUGAUAACGCUGAAUAAAGACCGUCUGCUCAAGUGCACCAACUUUCCCCAAGCAGUCGAAGUGUUUAAGGACAUUGUCAAGGACCCAAUUACUCUAGAGUGUCACACAUUCAUGCAGAACAUCUUUAAAGUGACUGGGUCCAUGCCUGGGGAUAAAAUCAAGGCCAUGAGAGAGAAAUGUGUCAGGCAGGCGCUACAGUCAUAAAUCUCAGACAGAAUGUCACCAUGCAAUGUCCCACCCCUAAGUCUUAUAUAAAUUUGGAAGUAUAUUUGUGUUCUUUCAAUUUUUUAUUUUUUUUGCUUGAUCUGUACUUUCAACCGCAAGUGGCCAGAUUUUUAUCAGGAUAAUUUUUAAACAUGGCUUUCAUUAAUUUUUGUUUUAUCAAUAUAUUUUUAAAAUAUUUAUUUGAGGAUAUUUCUUUCACUUCAUCGGUGUUAUUUAGGUUGAAUGAUUUUAAUUUGAAAUAAACAAAAAUAUCUGUUCUUGUUAUUGUAGUAAGAUUUUAAAAAAUAGUUACAUUAAUUUGAAAAAUGUAAGUCAUGAGAAUUACCGUAAAGUUCAGUAAUAAAUUUUCCAUAAUAUUUCAUUGUUAAAUACAUUUUUUACUGAAAUAGUAGUUAAUAGAAAAUUUUGUUAUUUAAAUUUAUUUAAAAGUUGUACUUAAAACAAAUUUACAUGCUUAAAAAAAACAAUCAUAUAAUUUAAUCUUGCUAAUAAAUAAAUAGCUAAUUAAAAGGUUGUAUUCUAUCAUAAGUCUGUAAGAAAUAUAUCUGCUUCAAAGUAGCAGCUUUAAAUUGUUGAUUUCCCACUUUUCAUAUUUGAUAAAAGUUUUACUUUGACCAGUUUUGUGACAAGACUCAAUUUGCCUGGUUGGGUCGUAAAUUUGUUUGUUUAAUUUCCUUUGAACUACUUUUUACAUGUGAAGCAUAUUGAAACAUUCUUAGACCAAAUAUAUUUUUUAUAUUUACAAAAUGUUAUUUAUUCCAUGAUCAUAGCACAUUAUCUUAACCAUGACAGUUGAAAAGCUGGAAGUAUCUUAAUAAGACAAUAUGAAGUUAUUGUUUGAAACCAAAAAUAAUUCAGCAUUUACACAUUAUUCCAUAUUUAGUUUGUUUUUAAAAUGAAUCGGUUAUAGUUAAUAAUGAAAGAUGUGGCAUGUUUAUUUAAAGCAUGCUUUUGUUUUGGUUGAUCCAUUCCAUGAGAGAACUAUAUUUUUUACACAUUGUUUAUUUCAAGUGUUCUGCUUUACCUGGAACAUGAUUGAACUUUUAUUUGAUAGAUUUUUUUUUCCUUAUUUAUGUCAUCGAGUGAUUCUGUUAUUUCAAUAUGUUUAUUUUCAAGUGUAUCACAUAAACAUUGCUCAAAUCUUUAUUUGCUUGUAACAUUUUUGUUUACAUGUUUUCCAGUAUUCCAUAUUUUUUAAGAACAUUGCCAUUUAUAGAUCAAAUUUAUUUACUGUUUCGUAUCAUCAUUCCAGUAAACCUAAUCUACUACAAUGUGUGAACAAUAAGUUUUUAUACCAUUUAUUAAGUUUAUCAAUUCUUUACCAAGCUUAGCAAUUAAUACAUUCUAAUUGAACAGUGUUGUGAAUAUAUUUUAUCCUAUUCAAGUGAUGGAUCAGUUGUUUGUUUGUUUUUUUGUUUAAAAGCCGGCCACUGCAAUCUGUUCUAUGAACACAAGACAUAGACUGGCAAAAAAAUCUUUAUCAUAGAUUUUAAUUUAACUUCAUCUUUAGAGUACAUAGCCCAACAGUUUGUUUUUUUCAACCCAUUAGCCCCUAUUGUGAUAGGAUGUCUAUUACGGGAUUAGCCCAAUGUGGUAAGGUAUGUCGAGCCACUGUUAUUAUUUUAAAGCUUUCCUGUAGAAAGAGCUCAUCAUGUCUUGUUAGGAAUAAGAGCUUUGACACUCUUUUUUAGUUGAAAUCAGAUAUGUUUAGCUACUUUAUGGAUUUUUUAAACAAACAGGUUAUUGAACUAAUAGAAACGGGCAGUGAAUAAAAAAAUUAUACCAUAUCUCAGCCCUAUGCAUAUUUUUUCUAAUUUUAAACUGUUCGUUUUCACUGAGCAAACUAUUUUUGGUGCUUUUUUCAAUAUCACAUCAUAACUCUCUCCAUAUAUAUUUAGAGAGAGAGAGAGCUCAGUGUAUCAAACAUUUAAAUUUGCAUUUUUGAUAGAUAAUGAUUUUUUAAAAAAUAGCUUUAAUAUAGCAGCUUUCAUGAUUAUAGCAUGCUCAAUGCGCUAUGGUCCAAUCUCUUUUGUGUGGGGGAGGGGUAUCUGCAAGAAGGUUUCCAUCCUACUUUUAAGCGCUCAACAAAUGCAACUCUGGAUUCGAACUCGAGCCCCCUUCUUAGGUGGUCAAGCUGGAGACAAGCGGUAUUCUGUACAGUUCCAUUUGUGUUGUUGUUUCAGAGAGGAUAUGUGCAAUAUUUUGUCUUCUCCCUUUUAUCUCUGGGGAGUGCAUAGCCAAACUUUAUUGUCCUAAACUGAAAGGGACUGCUUCUGCUUGUAAAGUGUUUUAGAGUUAUCUGACUUGAUGUGACCAAAUGUACAACUCAAAAGUACAACUCUUAAAGUCAAUGUAGCCUAUAUGAAAAUAGAUACAAGAGACUUGUUUAGGAAUAAAAACAUCUAUUAAUUAAAAUAUCUUUUGUUUAUUUGAUUAUCCACCUGCACCUAAUUGCCAAUAGUUAGUGUUGGUUUUACACUACUAUUACAGUGUGCUGGGUUCAGUCAUCAAAAGAUAAAAAAUUUCCUAAAUCUUUUCUAUCUGCUCUUUUAUUCUGACACAUGACGUGUGUCACUUUAAUACCCUCAGCCCAUUUCCAGCUUCAGCACAGAAGCAAUGACUUUGUUAAAAAAAAAUCCUGUCCAUACUCAGAAUCUUGAAACUUCAAGUAACCCAACUUUAUCUUUUGAUGUUUAUUAUUAUUACUAUUCAACAAAACCAGAUCAUUUCUAUUUGAUGUUUUAGCUGAUUUCAUUUAACGCAAAAAUAAAUAUAAAAAAACUGCAUGAUGAGCUAAAUAUAUGUGUUUGUAGAUGUUAUCUUUUCUUUAGUAUAUAUUUUUUUUUAAUCUUUUUUUUUCUCCCAGUCCUCAUUAAGUAGCUUCGUGUUCCUGGGUAUAAGAUCUUGUGUACAGCUCUUUUUGUUUCGCACAUACUUUCGAUUUCAUUUUGAUAACAUCUAAAGAGAGCUCUUUGUAUUUCAGAUGUUUAGCUUGUUCCUCUUUUUCUAUUUUCCUAUUUCUAUUUUCCAAACAAUCUAAGACAUAGUUUUCUGAGUAGUAUGUUUUGUUGUUUUCUAUUUCAACAUGUUUUCACAAUAUAAAAUAAUAUUGAAAGAGAAUAGAUUAUAUGUUGUUAUUCUUGUUAGAGUAUUUCAGACAACUGUUGGCCUCUAUAAUAUCAGCAAUUUUGUCAAGGUUCUUUUUUAUAGAAUUAAUACAUCUGACCAUUCAAAAAAUUGACAUUGAAAGCCAAUUUUUUUUUGUGGUGUUGACAAGACCAAUCCCACUUGAUUACUGUUCGGUUGUCUUGUAAUGAAUGUGUCCUCAAUUUAUGUGUACAUCAGAAGGCGUAAAUAAUAGUUGGGUUAAAAAAAGCUUCAUCUGAAGCAGAUGUAAUGAAUGUUCCAAUCAUGCUCAUCAUUGUGGGACAACUUGAAUCAAUAUUUUGUUCAUUUUAUUUUGGUGAUAUUAAUUAACAUAAGAGUAUAUAUUUUAAAUUCAUAUAUAUUUUAAAUUCAUAUCAUGUCUUUAUGUGUCUCAAAUAGUCAAAUUGUUACUAAUUAUGACAGUAAAUUGUUUUUUUUUUUACUAAUGGUAUAAUGUAGGUGACAAUACUCAUAUGUCAUAAAAUGAUAUUGACAAGCUUGUUUUUUGGUCAUCAAGGAGUUAUGAAAAUACAUAUUAUGUAAGCAUUAUUUCAUCAUUUUGAAAUAAAAUACUUGUGUUUCUUUU